GCUGGUCCCGGGGGUCCCGGUGCGGCGCUGGCCAUGGGGCUCGGGGCGGCAGCCGGGGCCGUGCUGGUGGCACUGGUGGCGCUGGGAGCCGCCCCGGCUGCGGGCGCGGAGCUCUCGGGGGUGUUCCAGUUCAUGUUUAUCUCCGAGUGUCACUUCACGAACGGCACGGAGAAGGUGAGGUUGGUGGACAGGUACAUCUACAACCGGCUGCAGUUCGUGAUGUUCGACAGCGACGUGGGGGAGCACGUGGGGUUCACCCCCCUUGGGGAGAAGUGGGCCAGGGACUGGAACAGCGACCCGGAAUUGAUGGAGGAGAGACGAGGUGGAGUGGACACGUACUGCCGGCACAACUACCAGGUUGACGCCCCGUUCAGCGUGGAGCGCCGAGUUCGGCAAAUUUUGUUCCAAAUGUGGAGGGGGACAAAGGGAUCGGAUCAGGAAAUUCUGUCCGAUCGCAGCGCCCCAAAAAUUGGGGUGAAACGCGCAAAGAACGGCUCUGAUUGGCUGUCCCGGCACAUCCCGCCCCCCAUCCCCGCCCCCGCCCCAAGGCUCCCCCUGCCCAAAAACCCACCCGGGGCUGCGGCGGCCCGAAACCCCUCAGCCAAUCAGAGCGCGGGCAGGACGCGCCGCAGCCAAUGGGAGCGCGGGGCGUUCAUUGCCUCACCGGUUGCCGGGUAG